AUUUUCAUGGUAUAACUCUUUUUCCAGAGAUAUCAAAAGUUUCUAGAUGACACCACACCACAUCUAGCGCCACGAUGGAUAGCAACUUUGAUUUUAAUGACAAUAUAUCUCAUUAGAGUAUUUUAUCUUCAGGGAUGGUAUAUUAUAACAUAUGCUCUUGGUAUUUACCACUUAAAUUUGCUGAUUGCAUUUUUAUCGCCGCGAAUAGACCCAGCACUUGAAGAGCUUGAAGAUGAUGAAGAUGGUCCAAGUUUGCCAACAAAGGCCGACGAGGAAUUUAGGCCAUUCAUCCGAAGGCUACCUGAAUUUAAAUUCUGGUAAGUUUGUAACAGACUAGAUWA